CAAGCUUAAGAACCAAAAUGAAGUGGUCUGUUGUUCUGCUGGUCAUCUUUGGGUUUUCAGAAUGCUUACACAGGAUCCCAUUGUACAAGGGCAAAUCUGCCAGAGAAGCUCUCAAAGAAAAAGGCCUACUGGAAGAGUUCAUGAAGAAUCAUCCCUACAACCCAUCCAUCAAGUUCAACCCUGCUUUGGCCCAGAUUUCUAACGAGCCUCUCACCAAUGACUAUGAUCUUGACUACUAUGGAGUCAUCUCCAUUGGAACACCACCCCAGUUCUUCAAGGUCAUCUUUGACACUGGCUCCUCCAACCUCUGGGUACCUUCUAUCAACUGUAAAAGCUUUGCUUGCGCUAACCACACUAAAUUUAACCCUGCUCAGUCAUCCACCUUCAGGUCCACCUCCCAGGACAUCUCUAUUGAGUAUGGCACUGGUGCAAUGAGUGGAAUCCUUGGAUAUGACACAGUUACCGUCGGUAGCAUUGUGGACACCAACCAGAUCUUUGGCCUUAGUGAGGAUGAACCUGGAAGCACUUUCUAUUAUGCAGAAUUUGAUGGAAUCCUUGGGCUUGCCUAUCCUUCAAUCUCUGCUUCAGACGCAACCCCAGUCUUUGACAACAUGAUGAAUAAAGACCUUAUUGCUCAGGACCUUUUCUCUUUCUACUUGAGCAGGAACAGUGAGACAGGCAGUAUAGUGACGUUCGGGGGAAUCGAUCCUGCCUACUACACUGGCAACAUCCAUUGGAUCCCUGUGACUUCAGAGAGCUACUGGCAAAUCACUGUGCAGACCAUAAAGAUCAACGGAAAGGUAGUUGCCUGUGAGUCUGGCUGCACAGCUAUUGUGGAUACUGGCACGUCAACGCUUGUUGGAGAUCCUAGCAGUAUUAACAACAUUAUGUCUUUGGUAGGAAUCCACAUGGAUCAGAAUGGGCAGUACUCUGUGAACUGCAACAACAUUGGCUCAAUGCCUGAUGUCACCUUCGUCAUCAAUGGAGUUGAAUUUCCCCUCCCCGCUUCUGCUUAUAUAACACAGACCAGCUUUGAUUGCACUUCAGGCUUCGACCCCAGUGGUGACGAUGGCUGGAUCCUGGGUGAUGUCUUUAUCCGGGAAUGGUACACCAUCUUUGAUCGAGCUAACAACAUGGUCGGUCUGGCCAAAGCUGUUUAA